AUGGCGCAGAAAGGAGAUCAGCUGUACAACUUUCGUUGUUCGAUCUGUCUGGAUCUACUGAAGGAUCCGGUGACUAUUCCCUGUGGACAUAGCUACUGUAUGAGAUGUAUUAAAACACACUGGGAUGGAGAGGAUCAGAGGAAGAUCUACAGCUGCCCUCAGUGCAGAAAGACCUUUACAACAAAGCCUGUCCUGGUUAAAAACACCAUGUUAGCAGAUUUAGUGGAGCAGCUGAAGAAGACUGGACUCCAAGCUGCUCCUGCUGAUCACUGUUAUGCUGGACCUGAAGAUGUGGCCUGUGAUGUCUGCACUGGGAGGAAGCUGAAAGCCUUCAAGUCCUGUCUGCAGUGUCUGAUCUCUUACUGUGAGAAUCACCUCCAGCCUCAUUACAAUGUAGGUCAAUUUAAAAAACACAAGCUGGUCGAUCCCUCCAAGAAGCUCCAGGAGAACAUCUGCUCUCGUCAUGAUGAGGUGAUGAAGAUAUUCUGCCGCACUGAUCAGCAGAGUAUCUGUUAUCUCUGCUCUGUGGAGGAACAUAAAGGCCACGACACAGUCUCAGCUGCAGCAGAAAGGACUGAGAGGCAGAGAGAGCUCGAGGUGAGUCGACUAAACAUCCAGCAGAGAAUCCAGGACAGAGAGAAAGAUGUGAAGCUGCUUCAACAGGAGGUGGAGGCCGUCAGUCUCUCUGCUGAUAAAGCAGUGGAGGACAGUGAGAAGAUCUUCACUCAGCUGAUCAGUCUCCUCCAGGAAAGAAGCUCUGAUGUGAAGCAGCAGAUCAGAUCCCAGCAGGAAACUGAAGUGAGUGGAGUCAAAGAGCUUCAGGAGAAGCUGCAGCAGGAGAUCACUGAGCUGGAGAGGAGAGACGCUGAACUGAAGCAGCUGUCACACACAGAAGAUCACAACCAGUUUCUACACAACUACCCCUCAGUGUCACAACUCAGUGAACCUACAGACUCAUCCAGCAUCAAUAUCCGUCCUCUCAGAUACUUUGAGGAUGUGACAGCAGCUGUGUCAGAGCUCAGAGAUAAACUACAGGACAUCCUGAGGGACAAAUGGACAAACAUCUCACUGGCAGGGACUGAAGUGGACGUUUUACUGUCAGAACCAGAACCCAAGACCAGAGCUGAAUUCUUAAAAUAUUCACGUGAAAUCACUCUGGAUCCAAACACAGCAAACACAUGGCUGUUAUUAUCUAAUGGGAACAGAAAAGUCGAACGAAUGAGCAAACAACAGUCUUAUUCUCGUCACCCAGACAGAUUCAUUCAUUGUUGUCAGGUCCUGAGUAGAGAGAGUCUGACUGGACGUUGUUACUGGGAGGUGGAGCGGAGAGGAGGAGGACUUCGUGUUGCAGUCGCAUACAAGAACAUCAGCAGGGCAGGACCAUCAACUGAAUCUGGAUUUGGGCAUAAUGACAAAUCUUGGGCUUUAUAUUGUGACCCUGACAGUUAUAAUUUUUGGUUCAACAACAUUAAAACUCCCGUCUCAGGUCCUCGUUCCCGCAGAUUAGCAGUGUACCUGGAUCACAGAGCAGGUAUUCUGUCCUUCUACAGCGUCUCUAAAACCAUGACUCUCCUCCACAGAGUCCAGACCACAUUCACUCAGCCUCUCCAUGCUGGACUUUGGCUUAAUUAUAAUUUGGGAGACACGGCUGAGUUGUCUGAAAUGGCACAGAGAGAUCAGCUGGACCGAAAAACAAUCAGCUGUUCAAUCUGUCUGGAUCUACUGAAGGAUCCGGUGACUAUUCCCUGUGGACACAGCUAUUGUAUGAGCUGUAUUAAAACACACUGGUAUGGAGAGGAUCCGAGUAGGCUCUACAGCUGCCCUCAGUGCAGAAAGACCUUCACAACAAAGCCUGUCCUGGUAAAAAACACCAUGUUAGCAGAUUUAGUGGAGCAGCUGAAGAAGACUGGACUCCAAGCUGCUCCUGCUGAUCACUGCUAUGCUGGACCUGAAGAUGUGGCCUGUGAUGUCUGCACUGGGAGGAAGCUGAAAGCCCUCAAGUCCUGUCUGACCUGUCCUGCCUCUUACUGUGAGAAUCACCUCCAGCCUCAUUAUGAUGCAGCUCCAUUAAAGAAACACAAGCUGGUCAAUCCCUCACAGAAGCUCCAGGAGAACAUCUGCUCUCGUCAUGAUGAGGUGAUGAAGAUGUUCUGUCGCACUGAUCAGCAGAGUAUCUGUUAUCUCUGCUCUGUGGAGGAUCAUAAAGGCCACGACACAGUCUCAGCUGCAGCAGAAAGGACUGAGAGGCAGAGAGAGCUCGAGGUGAGUCGACUAAACAUCCAGCAGAGAAUCCAGGACAGAGAGAAAGAUGUGAAGCUGCUUCAACAGGAGGUGGAGGUCGUUAGUCACUCUGCUGAUAAAGCAGUGGAGGACAGUGAGAAGAUAUUCACUGAGCUGAUCCGUCUCCUCCAGAAAAGAAGCUCUGAUGUGAAGCAGCAGAUCAGAUCCCAGCAGGAAACUGAAGUGAGUGGAGUCAAAGCGCUUCAGGAGAAGUUGCAGCAGGAGAUCACUGAGCUGAAGAGGAAAGACGCUGAACUGAAGAAGCUCUCACACACAGAGGAUCACAACCAGUUUCUACACAACUACCCCUCAGUGUCACAACUCAGUGAACCUACAGACUCAUCCAGCAUCAAUAUCCGUCCUCUGAGAUACUUUGAGGAUGUGACAGCAGCUGUGGCAGAGCUCAGAGAUAAACUACAGGACAUCCUGAGAGAGGAAUGGACAAACAUCUCAGUGUCCAGGACUGAAGUGGACGUUUUACUGCCAGAACCAGAACCAGAACCCGAACCAGAACCCAAGACCAGAGCUGAGUUCUUAAAAUAUUCAUGUGAAAUCACUCUGGAUCCAAACACAGCAUACCCACAUCUUUUAUUAUCUGAGGGGAACAGAAAGGUAGAAGCAAUAAAUCAAAAACAGUCUUAUUCUAGUCACCCAGACAGAUUCACUGAUCAGUGGCAGGUCCUGAGUAGAGAGAGUCUGACUGGACGUUGUUACUGGGAGGUGGAGCGGAGAGGGAGAGAAGUUCGUAUUGCAGUCGCAUACAAGAACAUCAGCAGAGUAGGAUGGUCAGAUGAAUGUGUUUUUGGACAUAAUGACAAAUCUUGGGCUUUAUAUUGUUACACUAUCAGUUAUAAUUUUUGGUUCAACAACAUUAAAACUCGUGUCUCAGGUCCUCAUUCCUCCAGAGUCGGAGUGUACCUGGAUCACAGAGCAGGUAUUCUGUCCUUCUACAGCGUCUCUGAAACCAUGACUCUCCUCCACAGAGUCCAGACCACAUUCACUCAGCCUCUCUAUGCUGGAAUUUAUCUUUUUUCUGGAGUCACAGCUGAGUUAUGUAAACUUAAAUAGACAUUUCAGACUUCAUGUGUCAGAUUAUGUUUUGUAAUUCUUCAUGUUUUUGUCUCCAUGUUUCUGAACUGCACAGAGAUGAUCUGUCAUGCUAAU